AUGAUUUGCUUGCUCAUUUAUCUAUUACUUAAUAAUCUCAAUACUGGAAAUAUUGGCUUUAUUGUUAAACAGACUGCAAAUAUUUCAUUUCCAACUUAUGUAUUUAGUAAAUCUGCCAUCGCUGAUCAGUUACCACCAAGCGAAAGACAUUUAAUACAUGCGAAAUUAAUACCAAGCAAAGUUAAUCCGAUUGAAUACAAGCCAGGCGAACGCAUAAGCAUUACUAAAUAUAUUCACCCUCUUGAUUUUCCAGGUGGUGAAGUAAUGGAAUUAAAUUUACAAAUACCCGUGCAUGACCAACGUGUUCUCAAAGGGAUUUUGCCAACAAACUAUCAGAUUGUAUUCUUCUCAAGUGCCGCUAUCAGAGAAUUUACUCGACUUUACCAUUUCAAAAAUGCUUUGGUGACUUCAAGAGGAGUUUUCUGCAGAGAUUGCCAAGUGAAAUUCCCUAAUGAUCAUGUUGGCGUGGACACAUCUUCAAUAACUGUAUCAGACAAAGUGAUUGAACACCUUAUUAUUGGAAAAGCUACAUUUAUUCCAUGGGGUCAUUUUAUGACUGAAUCUCCAAUUUCUGGCUUAAUAUAUUUUCCAGAAGAAGUUGUAAAUAAAUCUCAGAUUUAUUUCUACCAGGGGAGCUACUUCUACUCAAGCAACUUAAAUGCAUUUGGAUGGGGACAUAUAAAGCAUGCAAGUAUAUCAUGGGAUGCAACAUUGGUCAAGAAUCUAUAUAUGUCUGUUCCAAAUGAUUUUGUUAAUGGACAAACAUUCUUCUAUAGACUCCUAAGAGAAAGAUUGAUGAAGCGCUACAAUUCUAAAAAUGUUAAACCAACUCAAGGUAUUAUAUCAAAUAAACCUCAAUCGAGUUCCAGAUUCAUUAAAAAUUUUGAUCCAUGGGUUAAAAGCAUAAAAGAUAAAUAUCCAGAUAUUCCAUGGACAGUAAUAACUGAUGACCAAAUAACAAAUACAGGCGAUGCAAUCAAAGUACUAGCUGCAACAAAGUAUUUUAUCACUCCUUGCGGCUCAGCUGCAUUUAAGAUAGUUUACAUGCAUGAAAACACAGGUAUUUGCAUUGUUGGAAUGGCUAUUACUGAUUGGGCAAAUUUAGGUGUAUGUCAAGCAAUGGGAGUAUGGUGUACUUACUCCUACAACCCAGGUUUACCAUGGAUUUUUAAAGGUACUGGUAUUAUUGAUAUUGAAAUGAAUUUGAGAUUUGCUUCAUACCUUAUUUAUGCAGUUGAUCACCAGAAAUGGCCAUCAGUCACAGAAGAUAAAGUUGAGUUUCUAUUUGAGCAAAAUAUUCAUAGAAAGAUCCUAGAUAUUGAUCCUGCAUCUUCCAUCCAAGUUCCAUGUGAUAUUGACAGUUAUUAUUAUAAUUUAACUAAUAAUAUAUCACAGCCGAAGAGAUGCGAAUCAAUUAAAUCUCUGUACUUCGGAAAUAACAUUCCAAUGCGAUAA